AUGUGGAUGAUCAAAGUGAUGUUUGCCUGCUUGGUAACAGGCUCUUUAGGUCAUGUGACCUUCACUAAUCUGAAGUGUGAAAUGUUCGACAGGAAGUUUGGAAAAUUUCAAGUCUGUCAUAUCAAGGCAGUUAAUCGAACGCAUAAGUAUAUAGAUCUUGAGAUAAUGCUUAGUAUACUUCCCAUAAACAAUAUAAUGAUUAACUUAGAACCCAUGCGACACGGUAAUGGGUACAGACCAUUUUUUAUGAGCAUGAAGUACGAUUUUUGCAAGUAUAUGAGGAAUCCAAACGAACGAUCGUUGAUAUUUUUAAAAGAAAUACAUUCAACGUUCAUCAAUGCUUCAAACCUUAACCAUACCUGCCCCUAUAAUCAUAAUAUUUCAGUUACCAAGUUUUGGACUGGCAAUCUGGAAAAGGCGUUCCUGCGAUAUCUUCCCGUACCCAACGGAGAUUAUGCCCUGUUUUCGACGUGGUACGUUUCCAAUAUUCCUCGUUUAUUUGUCAAUAUUUUCUUUAAAGUAACUAACUGA